UCGGCGUGGAUCCCUAGCUCACCCCGCCACAGUCCACAGUCUCCGCGGUGGUCGCCCUCCUGGACAGUCACUCCGUGGGUGCUGUGCUGGGGUACCACAGCGGAUGGCGGACGCCAUCUUGCCCUCGCAUAAGCCGUGCCGGCCGGUCACGGUCUUCUCGAAAGUGCACAAGAUUGGCGAGGGGACGUACGGGGACGUGUACCUCGCGCGCGACCGCGAGAGCAGCCAGCUCGUCGCGCUCAAGCGCGUCAAGCUCUCCUCUUCGGGCUUUGACCGCGAGGGGAUGCCGCUCACGUCGGUGCGCGAGGUGAGCCUGCUGCGGCGUCUCUCGCACCCCAACAUUGUGACGCUGGCGGAGGUGGUGGUCGGCUCCAAGGCAGACUCGCUAUUCCUCGUGUUUGAGUACUGCGAGUACGAGCUCGCCAAGCUGCUCGACUCGAUGCCCACUCCCUUCUCCCUCCCAGAGGCCAAAUGCCUCUCCGAGCAGCUGCUCUGCGCCGUGCAGCACCUGCACGGCUGCGGCGUGCUGCACCGCGACCUCAAGAUGUCCAACCUGCUGCUCAACGCAAAGGGCGAGCUCAAGCUCUGCGACUUUGGGCUCGCGCGAGAGGCGCCGCCGUCAGGCGCCCUCACGCCUCGCGUCGUCACGCUCUGGUACCGCGCGCCGGAGCUCCUCUUCGGCGCGCAGCACUACGGCGCGCCCGUCGACCUCUGGGCCGUCGGGUGCGUCGUCGGCGAGCUGCUGCUGCACCGGCCGCUCAUGCCCGGCCCGACCGAGCCGCAGCAGCUCAAGCUGAUGGUCGAGCUGCUCGGCGCGCCGUCGGACCGCAUCUGGCCCGGCAUGAGCGCGCUGCCCCUCUUCCGCUCGCUCGGCCCCGCGCUGCCCGACCAGCCCUUCAACGAGCUCGCACACACAUUCGCGCGGCUCCGGCCGACCGAGACGACGCUGCAGCUGCUCGACGGCCUGCUGACGUACGACCCGACGCAGCGGCUUGACGCCGCCGCCGCCGCAGGCCACGCCUGGUUCCGCGAGUCGCCGCGGCCAGUCUCUCCCGCGGCGCUCGCGGCGGCGCGGCUCCGAGGCGCGCCGGCUCGGCCCGGGCAGGCGGGCACGAAGCGGCGAGCAGGUCGCCUGGAUGGGGCGCGCCCGCCGGGCGAGCAGGACGCGCGGCGGACCGCGUGCGGGCAGCAGAUGGAGGCGGAGGGGGGGGAGGGGGCGGAGGAGCUGGGGGCGCGGGCGGCGAGGCUGGAGGAGCUGGGGGAGCGCGCGAGGGCGCGCAAGGCUGCCAGGGAGGAUGGCGGCGGUGGCUGGAGCGGGAGCGGCGGCAACGCUGUGCGUGCUGCCACCGCGAGUAGCUUGCCGAGCGAGGCACCUCCUGCGCGGGGUACGUUUCGCAUCCCCUCGCCGUCAUGCGUGUUUGCAACAUCAGAGCGACAGCUGUAGCAUGUCGCGAUUUCCGCGCGCUCAACCUUGUCUACUAAACGUGUUCGUAUUGUGCUU